CGUGACGAUUUCCGGUCCUUUUCAGGAUGGCGGCCAUCCCUUAACAACAUGUGCGAGUUGUAGCAGCGUGUUUAACUUUUUAAUUGUGUCUUUUACGUAAGGUCUUCGCAAGCUUGACAAUGGAUACCGAGAAGCCAAGUGAGAAUGAACAGAAAGCAACCGCCGAGAUGGACUGUCAGAGCUUGGACAGCGAAUUUAAAAAGGUAAAAUCCAAAAAGAACAAGAAACGCAAGAGGCAAGUGGAAGAGGGAGAAAUGGACACAGAGGACGCUGUGGCACGAAAGAGGCCGGAGUUUCCUCCUAUUUCUGGAGACAAACUGAUGGGUAAUUCAGAUGAAGUACGGAAAAUCCCUGUACCCGGUCAUCGGUACACUCCUCUGAAAGAAAACUGGUUAAAGAUUUUUACUCCGAUCGUUGAACACCUACAGCUUCAAGUCAGGUUUAACCUGAAAACAAGGAAUGUCGAAAUCAAAACCUGUAAAGAAACACAAGACAUCGGUGCGCUGACAAAAGCCGCAGAUUUUGUGAAAGCUUUUGUACUAGGCUUUCAAGUUGAGGAUGCUCUUGCACUAAUAAGAUUAGACGAGCUGUUUCUUGAAUCCUUUGACGUCACAGAUGUUAAACCACUCAAAGGAGACCACUUAUCCAGAGCUGUUGGAAGAAUAGCAGGCAAGGGAGGGAAAACCAAAUUUACCAUAGAAAAUGUGACAAGGACUCGAAUUGUGCUUGCAGACACAAAAGUACAUAUAUUAGGAUCUUUCCAGAAUAUAAAGAUGGCACGGACUGCUAUUUGCAACCUCAUCUUAGGAAGUCCACCCUCAAAGGUUUAUGGCAAUAUACGGGCAGUGGCCUCCCGUGCUGCUGAGAGGUUCUAAUAUCGAAUUUCGGCGACGUGGGAUAAAGGUGGCACAAGUUUUUUUUGUGAUGGUAACUGAGGAAUGCUGGGAAUGUGACAUGACUUGGUCUGCUGACCUGCCAGGAACUGACUAGUCUUUGAGAACUGCAUGCAGCCUGAAAUGCGGGGUCCAUCCAGCGAAUGGAUGAUCCUCGUCGGUCGGCUGCCGCCGAGUUACUCAGAUGCAGUUUGUGAAUAAAAGGGUUUGUCCUCUGG